AUGCCUUGGUAUUCCUCAAUCCUCCGUUUGGUAGUACCAUGGUGGCAGUCUCCAGUCCACGUGCCCGAUGCAGCGAGAAGUCUCCUGCAUAACUACUCUGGCAUCGCCGAGGAUCAAAUCGAGCAGCAUGUCACGACUUUCCGUGAAAAGGCAUGGAGCAUCAACCCAUAUCCCUGCGUGGGAAUGUGCAUGUUUCUUCGGCCUACACUGCAUUUUGCGAAAGUCGACAAUGAAUACGAGCAGAUUCUCAACCGCGUGAAAGGAGGCGAAAGGGUGCUGGAUGUGGGCUGUGCUAUGGCGCAGGAUUUACGAACUUUGGCGGCGGAUGGUGCGCCUACUGAGAAUAUGUUCGGGACAGACAUCACGCAAGAAUUCUGGGAAGCUUCCUUUGACCUGUUCUGCGAUCGCUCAAGAAUGCAAGCAACAUUCAUCAAAAGCGACAUCUUUGACGACCAUUCCCCACUGGUCCGAGACUACGAGAAUUCAUUUGACAUUUUGAUCUGUGGCGAUUUCUUCCAUCUCUUCAAUUUCGAAAGCCAGGUACAAGCAGCGAUUAGAUGUGUGCGUCUGAGUCGCGCCAGGCCAGGAACUACAAUUAUUGGCAAACAAAUCGGUGCCUUGCCUCCCAUGACAAUCUCUACGGGAUUCAGCUCCAAGGCGCACAUGUACUUGCAUGACGAGAGCUCGUUUCGCAAAAUGUGGACAGAGGUGGAGGAACAGACGCAGACGAGGUGGGAUGUUCGAGUAAGGACUGUGGCUUUUGGAGAGGAGAGUUUUUGGUCGCCUAGUCAGGCUUUUGCGUGGAUGGGAGAGGCGAGAUGUGGGAUUGAAUUUGUUAUUGUGAGACUUUAG